AGUUUGUGAUUUUCUGAGUUACUGUGUGGGCUGAUGUUUACGGUCUCUCUCUCUCUUCCAAAUAGUUUGUGAUUUGUGUGGGCUGAUGUUUAGGGUGCAUUAACAUCGCAACAGUUGUCUGCUACCUUUGACAUAUGUCUCAUAUUGCUUAUUUUUCAUAACUUAAAAGUCAAAUUGGAUUGGAGGGAGUGGUUAUAGCAAAAGUCUCCCUCACUCUCUCUGGAGAGCUCAGCCAGGGGCAUCAAAGCUUUGCAGGUUCUAUUUACUACUUCUUCUUUAACCUUGUAUCAAGCUAGCAGCCAGAAAUGUGCAGCUCUUUUAUUCCUUCCUUGGAACAAUUUCUUCUUCCAAUUUCUAUUUAUUCAACAAAGGGAAAGUAUUAGGAUCCAAUUGAACCAGAACAUUGAAGGACAGCAUCACAAAAACAAUUCUGAAGGACUUUAAAACCAGACUGAAUUCGACGAAAAAGGAAGGAUUUAUGUGAAAUCAACGGAAGAGCUUUCCAAAUUCACUUCCUAGACAAACAAUAGCUUGAAUAUUAUUAGACACCUUUCUGUGGCUUUGCUUGGUCGUUAGUCAGGGCAAACGCAGGCUACCUGCAGUAUAUACAAACAGUGCUGUUCAUUCCGAUGCAUGCCAGCCAGCUAGCCAGCCAGCCAGCCAGCUAGCCACUCAACGAUCUGGUGUGUUUGAGUGUGUCGCUGCUACACACAUCUCUGUCACUGCUAGCCUGACCACCUCAGUAGAAACAUCUCAGCGAAGGAGAAGAGAGGAGAAGAUCAAGAAAAACCUGGGAAAAAAAGUGAUGAAGGCUCCCACAUUUGUUGAUCAAGUACAUAACAGCUGCUUACUGGAGAGCUACAAGUUAUUUGUAAUUUUGAAUGGAAUAGUGCAUCAGAGCAGAGCAGUUGAUCAUCUUGUUGUUUAGUGAAUAAAUAGCAGGAAAUAUUACCUUCAAUACAGGCUCUUACCUUAAAACAAAUUUGAAAAGAUAAGAGAGCAGGAUAGAGCUGGAAAGGGGAUCCUUUUACAGUGUAUGUAAGCACUUCAACUUGCGUUUAUUUUAAUAGCGGUGGAUGUUUUUUUUCCAUUCUCAUUUGCGAAGCACCAUCUGCAGUUCAGAGGGAAUAAUUCUGCAAUCUUGUAAAUUACAACGCUGCUGCCCAGGAAGGAUGGCAAUCUAACGACUCGCAAUAAGUGGAUUCCCUAAUAUCGCAGGUGCAUCCCCUCUCUCCGUCUCUCUCCCCUUCCCCACCCCCGCUAUCGUCCCCCGUAGACUGACCAACAAAAUCUUCUCAUUUUGCUUGUUGUGCGUGGUUAGAGACAGUUAACAGCGCUCAUGAAUCGCACAUGCCUGCCAUACAUCAACAAGCCAACCAACUUAGGCCGCACUUCAAAUCUCUCUGCUUGUGUUUGGAGAAUCCUCAAAAAUGGCGAUGUGAGGUAGCACGCCAAUUUCUGUGAAAAAACAACCACUAUUCCGUCUUCCAUUCUGUGGUGUGAAUAUAUUUUCCCCUCUGUACUUCACUUUUUGCAUAGCCUUUAUUUUUUUUAAACUCCUUUAUUUUUGUUUAGAUGAGGGUUCAUCACUGGAUUGCCAAAAGACGAGCAGAUGUUUUAUAUAUUCUCAGUGGAAUUUUGUUUUAAGAAGAAAAAAAAUUCAGAAUUUCAUGCUCUCAAUCUCACCAACAAGCUACACUGCCAGCACAUUUCUUUAUCAUUACUCAUUCGAACACACUCUCCGUCAUAAUUUGACAUUUAUCGUGAGCAUUCCAUCUUGCUGUGAAAAACCCUACUGCCAAGAUGCCUGCUUGUAAGGGAACAUGGCCUUUCUCUCAGUCCUAUGCCUCCCUCGGCCAAACGGACCAAAAGAGACAGAACUCCAAGAAAGAGCGACCGAGCUGGAAGUACCGUCUCUUUCGCAACUCCAAACGAGGCCGGCAGAAAAAGGAAAAGGAUAAUAGGAUUUCGAAACCCCUUUUUGUGCCUUGUACCUCGGCCCUUGUGAUGGCGCUGCAGGGCCAAGCUCAGGAUGUAGUGGAUAUCGUCAUGGUAGAUUCAAGGAAAACACUCAAAGAUGUUUUAGAAGAAUUCCAUGGAAAUGGAGUAUUAUCCAAAUACAACCCCGAGCAGCCCAUCAACUAUGAAGGCUUCAAGCUCUUCAUGGAGACUUACCUUGACGUUGACAUGCCAGAGGAUCUCUGUCGACACCUCUUCCUCUCCUUCGUCAAGAAGACACCUUCCGUGUCCAGGUCUACAAGUAGAGAGAAGGAGAGGGGCGCCAUCUAUGAUGUCGGCAGUGCCGUCGCUACCGUGACCACCACCGCCGCGUGUGCCGCCAUCACAGGGAGCAGCUCGCCGAUUGAAAUCGCUGGGCAGACGAGCGGCGGCAACAACAACACAGAAGGAAAUGAGCUCACAAACGGUCAUGGGCAGGAGUCAGGGGUUGUCACAAGAGGGAGCCCCACCCAGUCACGGAGUUCAUCCAAGAAGUCCAAUGCCUCUAACGGAACCCCUUCAAGUCAUUCCAUUCGCACCGAUGCACUCAGGGUCGAACAAACCACUAAUGAUCAUGGAGAUAUCAAGAAAGGGAAAUCCAUGGAGAACAAUAGGCGGAAAAAGACAGCACUCUUCACCGCCCUGCGCAAGACUAAAAAGAAUACCAAAGACACGGACUCACUAGGGGCAUUGGCCGCCUCCCGGGGGUCACUCGCACAUCCAGAUGUCACCAACCAGGUCGUCUACAUGAAAGACAUCGUCUGCUACUUGUCGUUGCUAGAGGGCGGCAAACCAGAGGAUAAAUUAGAAUUCAUGUUCAGGCUUUAUGACACAGAUGACAAUGGUAUCCUUGACAGCAGUGAGCUGGAUUGUAUAGUAAACCAGAUGAUGCAUGUAGCUGAGUAUCUAGGCUGGGAUGUCACUGAAUUAAGACCAAUCUUACAAGAUAUGAUGAUAGAGAUUGACUUUGAUUCAGAUGGGACCGUAUCGUUAGAAGAAUGGAUACGUGGCGGCAUGACAACCAUUCCUCUCUUAGUUCUCCUUGGCCUUGAAUCAAAUGUGAAAGAUGAUGGCAGUCAUGUAUGGAGGUUAAAACACUACAACAAACCAGCCUAUUGUAACCUCUGCCUCAAUCUCCUUGUAGGGUUUGGAAAACAAGGUCUAUCAUGUACAUUCUGCAAAUACACGGUUCAUGAACGCUGUGUACAACGUGCCCCAGCCUGUUGCAUUAGUACAUAUGUCAAGUCAAAACGGACAACGAAUUAUCGUGGCAGCAUACUAGGAAAGCAACCCAAAAAUCUGUCACGCAAGGACGCCGAGGUUUGGGGAGAAGUUCCGAUCAUGAACCAUCACUGGGUAGAAGGUAACAGCCCGGGUAAAUGUGACCGGUGUAAGAAGUCGAUUAAGAGCUACAACGGUAUUACUGGCCUUCACUGCAGAUGGUGCAAGAUAACGCUCCAUAACAAAUGUGCCUCCCACGUCAAACCAGAGUGUAACAUGGGAGAAUUCCGAGACCACAUUCUACCUCCUACGGCUAUCUGCCCAGCAGUUCUGGGAAGAGUCAAUUCCGUCAGAAAAUCAUUGCAUGGUAAACCACAACCUUCAACAGGUAUAGAGGAGAGGAGGAGCACGUUAACACCUAAAGAUAGUAAUGCCUCAGAAGACGUUUCAGAUGGAGGUCCUCAAAGAAGGGGUGUCUGCAGGACAGACUCCAUGUCGAUAGAAGGUCAAGGGUUACAGGUCACACCUCUUCCCGGCACUCAUCCCCUUGUAGUGUUUGUGAAUCCAAAGAGCGGUGGCAGGCAAGGGGAAAGGAUCAUGAGAAAAUUCCAGUAUCUUCUGAAUCCCAGACAGGUCUAUAAUCUUGGCAAAGGUGGACCUAAUGCAGGGUUAAAGUUCUUCAAAGACGUACCAGACUUCCGAGUUCUGUGUUGUGGUGGUGAUGGUACUGUAGGAUGGGUAUUAGAUUGUAUAGAUAAGCUGUGUAUAGAACCUAGGCCUUCAGUAGCAAUCCUUCCCUUAGGUACAGGCAACGAUCUAGCUAGGUGUCUCAAUUGGGGUGGAGGUUAUGCUGGCGGUAGUCUACCAAAGAUCCUGCAGGACAUUGAGGUAUCUGACGCAGUUGAAUUAGAUAGAUGGCAUAUAGAAUUUAGCACAACGGAUACUUCAGAGCAAGGAGAUCCAGUUCCCUACAACAUCAUCAACAACUACUUUUCAAUUGGAGUGGAUGCAUCGAUCGCUCACAGAUUCCACACAAUGAGGGAGAAGCAUCCAGAGAAGUUCAACAGCCGAAUGAAGAACAAGCUGUGGUACUUUGAGUUUGGUACCUCAGAGACGUUCACCUCAACCUGCAAGAACCUACAUGAAGACAUUGAUAUCAUGUGUGAUGGAGUAUCCUUAGACCUCGCCAGUGGCCCAUCACUGGAAGGCAUCGCUGUGAUGAACAUCCCCAGUAUCUAUGGAGGAUCCAACCUCUGGGGGGACACGCCCAGCAAGAAGAAACAACGCAAGCUGGAGAAGAAGCUCCAGAGAAACCGAGAACGAGAUGGUGACAGCCAUUCCACCGUGGGUCUUACGCAGUCCAACAUUGACCUCAUGUUUGCAAGGCAAUCGAUAGGAGACAAGCUGUUGGAGGUGGUGGGCCUAGAGGGCUCACUUCAUGUAGGUCAAGUCAAGGCGGGGAUCAGGUCAUCAGGUCGAAGGUUAGCUCAAUGUCAGACAGUAACCAUCAGAACAAGGAAACGAGUGCCAAUGCAGAUUGAUGGAGAACCUUGGCUUCAACCUCCAUGCACGAUAUCGAUAACACACAAGAACAGCACACCUAUGCAGAAAGGACCUCCACCCAAGAAGAGUUUCUCUGGGAUCAGAAAACUGUUUGGCAAGGGGAGCAUUGAUGUGGAUGAGAGUAGCGAUGUGCAUCUAUAAGACUGUGGAGAUGCAAAAAGACACCAAGAUUGGAUCUGUAAGGAUAGCUCCCCAACGCUUCCUCCAAUCUCUUCAAAUAUUGCCUUCCAUUCCCGAGUGAGAGAGAGAGAGAGAGAGAGAGAGUGCAAGUAUACCACAAGAUGUAAAGAUGCAGUCCAGCUGAGAUGAAGAGUUGCAUAUCAAAUGGCUGCUCCUGUAUGGCUGAUGAUGCUAGUGAUGAUGAUGAUGCUGGUGGUGAUGAUGAUGAUGAUGAUGAUGAUGGUUGUGGUGAUAGAGUUGUUUAAAAAGCAAAAAUGGGGUUCAUGAUGGAAACGACUCUGAUAUCGGUGUGCAGAAUUACGUUACAGAUACUUACGCAAACAAACUUUGGAAGAGAGACUAUCUGCAUUCCAUCCUGUGGUUGAGAAGUAGUAUUCCAGAGCAUGAAACAUUUCAGAUGAGGAGUCUGGGUGGUGGAGUCUACAAUACAUUAGUGCUGUCUGGCACAGAACUCAUGAAAUGUAUUCUGGAUGUUCACAGAAGAAAUAGAGGAAUAAGAGAGUCUUAUUCAUUGUAAAGAAGAGAUAAUUAGCUGAUGAGGGUUGGAAUUGGAGGCAAGCAAGCACUGCAGACUAUAUGAGCCUCUUAAUGCAUCUUUUAUCAGUGAUUGGUAUUUGCACUGAUAGGUAUAUGUGCUGAUAGUACACAUAGUUGGUGCUGUGAUAUGGAAAAAUAUAGGAAAUCUCAGAAUCUCAUCAGAAAUGGAUGCAAGUAGAAUCUUUAAGUUGUCAGGAAUUCCACUAGGCUAAGGUAUUAAGUUUGGAAUAGCAGAUAAAGAUAUUUUAUCAAAUGGAAGGUGCAAUGCAAACAGAUGAACACAAAAUGGUUUUAAAGUGUCAAAGAGAGAGUUCAUUCCAUGCACGAUAUGUUAUUUGAAUAAUAAUCUGAAUUAGUCUUCUGCAACAGACUUUUAACGGUGUGAAUGAAGCUAUGUGCGUUUGUAUGAUAAUGCAUGUUACUUCUUAUUUUCUAUUUUUAUCUUGUAAGAUCAUGUUUUUCUUUUGAUGAAUAUUUUGUAUACAAUGUGCUUGCUAUAUGUACAGAAGAGAAAAUGUUAUGCAUUAUUAAUAUGUUGUGAAUUAUUACAUAGGAUAAACAGUGGUCAAUUUAUUUUGCAAAAUCUAGUUCUGAACCAUUUUUAAUACAUUACAAUACAAACGUGAAAUGUAUUCUGGAUGUGGCCUUUAGGGUAUAUCCAUUAUACAAUAAUAUUCAAGUUACUGAAGGAGCAAAUCCAACCACAAUGAAAACAAAUUGAAUAAUUUGUGUAAAAUAAAUGACAAUACUGUGUUCCAACAAUCAUUAAUUCCGCCUUCUGAAACUGCUUAAAGAAUGGGCUUAGUAUUUAUAUUUUUAAAAAGAAGGAAAAAGUUGUCCAUAAAAUAGAUAUGAUCAAAUUUUUGAAGAAUAAUAUCAACCUUUAAAAAGGCAGCUAUGGGAAUGAUAAAAAGUGAACACCAUAAACUCAUAUCCACAAAGUGCCAACUAAUGGUACAUGAAUUUGAAUAGCAAAAAAUCUGUUUUUCUUACUUUGUUAAAAGUGUUUAAAGUCAAAUAUGACUGCAAGUUCCCUGCUUUUCAAGUUUUUAUUAUUUGAAGUAAUAUUUAUCAGUUUACAAAUUUUUAACUUUGACAGCCUUUUAUUCUGUUUUAAAUAUAUUUGAUAACAAAUUUUAUUACUGUAAAUUGUAUUUCAAUUGAUGUUUAUUUAAUCUAUGUGUAUGAAUAUAUGAUGGUGGAGGUAUUUGCUGUGUGAAAUUAUGUAAGAUAUGUCACUUGUCUUUCCAUAUGUCUAAAGGGAUGUAAAUGUGUUUUGGUUUUUAUUGAUAAUACGUUUUACUCAAAGUAUAUGUAUGUUUCCUUACUUUUUAUUUGUUUUGUAUAAAAUCCAUGCUGUGAUGAUUUUUAAGUAAUACCGCUCUUUGAUAUCAUGUAUCACCCACGAAUGAAAUAUUUGUAUAUGGUUAUCGGUGGAGGGUUGCUAGCCAUAUUAUUUAUAUAGAUUCAUUUGUACUCACCCGAUUACACUUGAUAAAUUUAAAGUUUGUAUUUUGUUUUUCAUUUUUAAUUCUGUUACAAAUCUUUUAUACUCGUAUUUAUCCACAUUGAACGAAUGAUUAAUUGAUGUUCCUGUUUUUAUUUGAUGAGAUUUAUUAAUCUAAAUAUCAAAGUUAAAAAUACCUUGGAUAAGUACCUGUAAUUUAUUUAUAAUCAACAAUAGUUAUGCCUUUUUUUCAGUGCAACUUGGUUUCUAUUUUUAGUUUCCAAUUCUUAGUUCAGAUAGGUUGCAAUUUUCAGACAAUCUUUACUUUUUGUUUAAUUUCAUUAAUAUGUAUUGUUAUGAAUAGCCUUGUUAAUAUUUUGACAAUCAGAGUCUUUGCGUACGAGAAAAGGUUCUUCUAUGCUUCAUUAAUUUCUUUAAAUUAUUUCGGAAAAUCUUUUUAAUGGUCUGCAUCACCAAGUUAUUGCAUUGGUAACAAAAUUUGAUAGUUACAUGUAUUUAAAAUCAUUCACAAGACAUAUGAAAGACGUAAAGAAAAUGAAUAAUGGUUGUAUUUUUAUUGAGCUAGAUAUUAUACCUGGUUACUAUGAGCUUUCUGUAUGAUAUCCAUUUUAUAUUUAAUUGAUAUCAGUUUAUCCGCUUUGUAGAAUUCAAAGCAUUAUUAUUUAAGCAUUUGUCUGAGCAGGUUUCAGCAAGCAAUUAUGCCAUUAUAUUAGCAGCUAUAGUAGUAGUGUAUAUCAAAUAAGAAAAGUCUAUAUAUGUAUAUCACUGUCCAUAUCAUUUUAUAUUAUUCAGAAAAUAAUUCAGAAUCUCUGUUUGAAUAUGGCCUUUAUACAAACAUUUAAGUUUUAUUUGAAUAUCUCUAGGUUAGAUGCGUUGAUUAAGUUUAAGAUUAUAUAUACAUAACGAUAGCAGAAUGUAAACUACCUUGUAUAAUUUGGUUUUUUUUUAAGGUACAACAAUAGUUCCAUCAUUUGAAUUAAUACUUUUAAAAACAUCUACAACUAAUUGUACUCUGUUUAAUCUUUACUGUAUGUUAUGUAUAAUUGGUGUUGGGCUUUGAAGUCAAAAUCAUUUUGUAAACAAAGCUGAGUAUAGGUUUUAGUUAUCCUUAAGUUUGAAGACAACAAUAUUUCAUCUGGUGUAAGCGGGUCCCUGCCAUUUUAGUAUGAGAUGUUUAAGCACAAUGAAUUUCUCCUUCUCUCCUUUCUCUCUCUCUCUCCCUCUCCUCUUUAUCAUUGAAAUCAUUCAAAUUAAGGGAACAAGAUUUGAUACCUGAUAUUUCCUUUAAGUGAAUUAUAUUAUAUAUUGUAGGUGAUUUUCACAAAGCUCAAACCAUGGACUGUUCUGUCAAGAGUACCGGAUAUGUUGCAUUGGGAGUCCUCCAUUUUGAAUUCUUUAAUCCACAAAUAUUAUUUACAUGAAAUGAUUUGUGUUUGGAGCUCUCUCUCUCUCUCUCUCUCUCUCUCCCUCCCUCUUACUGGGUUGCCUUCAUCUUUCUUCAAAUCACUGCCAAGAAGUUGUAUGCUGUGAUGAGAAAGAUGAAUGAGAGAGAGAGAGAGAGAGAGAAGGUAGGGAAAGGGUUUUUAUAUUAUAGUCUUCCUCUUUGAGAAAAGGUUUAGAAAAACUUGUGUGUGUAAAUUAAGAACAAGGCACCUUAUAGUAACAAUAAGAACCUUUGCUUCAUGAGGCGCUGUUCACACACAACUUGGUAAACUGCCUCCAAAUAACUGCUGUGGCAAAAUAAACUAUUCUACCUGUAAAUUAAUAGCAUGUAGGGUGAAAAAGGUGCUUUACACAAUAAAGGCCUAUAAAGCAUUCUAAUUCUUCCACUAAAAAACAUGGGGGCAUUAACUCAUACUUUUACAGAGGGUUAACGCCCUUUUGGCUCUCAACAUACAACUUGUCUGCAUAUUACAUGAACAAUAUACAACAUGUGAGCGUAUUAUGUCCUUGUAUUUUGCCAUGGCGUUUUUUAAGGGGGUUUACCCUGCUAUGUGUGAAUGGAGCUUUACGCUUUAUUUCCAACCGAUGUAAUAAUUAUCUCAGAUACCUUGAGGUUUGAAUUCAUUGUGACUUUUAGCCUGGGUAUCUUUUAUCGCCUGUUUUCAUGAGUCUAAUUGAUAAUAUGUACAGCAAAAUCUUGACUAGAAUAAACAAAUGAUGGAAUAUUUUUAUGAAGGGUA